GCUGAGGAAGCUUAAAUAGCUCCCUCAGUCCUUCAGGCAACAGGUAGUGAGGGCGGAGCCCAGAAAGCCCCUACAACACCUUACUUUCCCAGCUUUUUAAAAUUCUCUGAGUGUUUAACAUGUUAAAAGGUGGCUCUGCAGAUCGCUCCUCCGUGUACCAGCGAGAGGCAUUACGAGCAUCUGGGACGGUGCUGUAACAAAUGUGAACCAGGAAAGUACCUGUCUUCUAAAUGCACUACUACCUCUGACAGUGUAUGUCUGCCCUGUGGCCCGGAUGAAUACUUGGAUACCUGGAAUGAAGAAGAUAAAUGCUUGCUGCAUAAAGUUUGUGAUACAGGCAAGGCCCUGGUGGCCGUGGAUGCCGGCAACAGCACGGUCCCCCGGCGCUGCGCCUGCACGGCUGGGUACCACUGGAGCCAGGACUGCGAGUGCUGCCGCCGCAACACCGAGUGCGCGCCGGGCCUGGGCGCCCAGCACCCGUUGCAGCUCAACAAGGACACGGUGUGCAAACCUUGCCUUGCAGGCUACUUCUCAGACGCCUUUUCCUCCAUGGACAAAUGCAGACCCUGGACCAACUGUACCUCCCUUGGAAAGACAGUAGAACAUCAUGGGACAGAGAAAUCCGAUGUGGUUUGCAGUUCUUCUCUGCCAUCUAGAAAACCACCAAAUGAAGCCCAGGUUUACUUGCCCGGUUUAAUCAUUCUGCUUCUCUUCAUGUCUGUGGCCCUUGUGGCUGCCAUCGUCUUUGGCGUUUGCUAUAGGAAAAAAGGGAAAGCACUCACAGCUAAUUUGUGGCACUGGAUGAAUGAGGCUUGUGGCCGCCUAAGUGGAGAUAAGGAGUCCUCAGGCGACAGUUGUGUCAGUCCACACACGGCAGCCUUUGGUCAGCAGGGAGUGUGUGAAGGUGUCUUACUGCUGACUCUGGAGGAGAAGACGUUUCCAGAAGAUACGUGCUACCCAGAUCAAGGUGGUGUCUGUCAGGGCACGUGUGUAGGAGGUGGUCCCUACGCACAAGGCGAAGAUGCCAGGAUACUCUCAUUGGUCAGCGAGACCGAGAUAGAGGAAGACCGCUUCAGACAGAUGCCCACGGAAGAUGAAUACAUGGACAGGCCCUCCCAGCCCGCAGACCGUUUACUGUUCCUCACUGAGCCUGGAAGCAAAUCCACACCUCCUUUCUCUGAACCCCUGGAGGUAGGGGAGAAUGACAGUUUAAGCCAGUGCUUCACAGGGACACAGAGCACAGUGGGUUCAGAAAGCUGCAGCUGCACUGAGCCCCUGUGCGGGACUGAUUGGAUUCCCAUGUCCUCUGAAAACUACUUACAAAAAGAGGUGGACGGUGGCCAUUGCCCGCACUGGGCAGCCAGUCCCAGCCCUAACUGGGCAGAUGUCUGCACACGCUGCCGGAAUCCUCCUGGGGAGGACUGUGAACCCCUCGUGGGUUCCCCGAAACGUGGACCCUUGCCCCAGUGUGCCUAUGGCAUGGGCCUUCCCCAUGAAGAAGCAGCCGGCAGGACAGAGGCCAGAGACCAGCCCGAGAACGGGACUGAUGGGAGGCUCCCAAGCUCGGCAAGGGCAGGCGCCGGGUCUGGAAGCUCCCCCGGUGGCCAGGCCCCUGCAUCUGGAAAUGUGACUGGAAACAGUAACUCCACGUUCAUCUCCAGCGGGCAGGUGAUGAACUUCAAGGGCGACAUCAUUGUGGUCUACGUCAGCCAGACCUCGCAGGAGGGCGCGGCGGCGGCGGCGGCGGAGCCUGUGGGCCGCCCGGUGCAGGAGGAGACCCUGGCGCGCUGCGACUCCUUUGCGGGGAACGGCCCGCGCUUCCCGGACCCGUGCGGCGGCCCCGAGGGGCUGCGGGAGCCGGAGAAGGCCUCACGGCCGGUGCAGGAGGAGGGCGGGGCCAAGGCUUGAGCGCCCCCCAUGGCCCCAGCGCCGACCAGCGCCGACCACCCAGGGAUCGAUCGGUACCGUCGGGGAAAACCACCAGGCAUUCUCCGCCCACCUUGCCCUCCAGGAAAUGGGCUUUUCAGGAAGUGAAUUGAUGAGGACUCUCCCCAUGCCCACGGAUGCUCAGCAGCUCCCCUGCACUGGGGCAGAUGCCUCCCCUGCCGCCCCUCAAACUCGCAGCAGUAAUUUGUGGCACUAUGACAGCUAUUUUUAUGACUAUCCUGUUCUGUGGAGGGGGAGGAUCUGUGUUUUCCCCCCAUAUUUGUAUUCCUUUUCAUAACUUUUCUUGAUAUCUUUUCCCCCUCUUUUUAAUGUAAAGGUUUUCUCAAAAAUUAUCCUAAAGGUGAGGGUCUCUUUCU